GGGCGCGAGGUUUCAAGAUGGCGGUGGCGCAGCGUCUGGUCGCCAGUGAGUGGUGAAGAGCCCGACGAAGCAAAACAAAUUCGGCGUCUCCCCCGGCCCAUUUCUCACAGUACCCCGACCCCAGCAGGAGGGUUUUGUCUUCUCUUGAUUUUAAGUAAAAACAAAAGAUUGUCAUCAUGGGGCGGAGAUCUACAUCAUCCACCAAGAGCGGAAAAUUUAUGAAUCCCACAGACCAGGCUCGAAAGGAAGCCCGGAAGAGAGAAUUGAAAAAGAACAAAAAACAACGCAUGAUGGUACGAGCUGCAGUUUUGAAGAUGAAGGAUCCCAAACAGAUUAUCCGGGACAUGGAGAAAUUAGAUGAAAUGGAGUUUAAUCCAGUGCAACAGCCGCAGUUAAAUGAGAAGGUGUUGAAAGACAAGCGUAAAAAGCUCCGUGAAACCUUUGAACGUAUUCUACGGCUCUAUGAAAAGGAGAAUCCGGAUAUUUACAAAGAAUUGAGAAAGCUGGAAGUAGAAUAUGAACAGAAGAGGGCCCAACUUAGCCAAUAUUUUGAUGCUGUUAAGAAUGCUCAACAUGUGGAAGUUGAGAGUAUUCCUUUGCCAGAUAUGCCCCAUGCUCCUUCCAACAUACUGAUCCAGGACAUUCCACUUCCUGGUGCUCAGCCACCCUCCAUCCUUAAGAAGACUUCAGCCUAUGGACCUCCAACCCGGGCAGUUUCAAUACUUCCUCUUCUUGGACAUGGUGUUCCACGAUUGCCCUCUGGCAGAAAACCUCCUGGUCCUCCUCCAGGGCCCCCUCCUCCUCAAGUCUUGCAGAUGUAUGGCCGUAAAGUGGGCUUUGCUCUAGAUCUUCCCUCUAGGAGGCGUGACGAAGAUAUGUUAUAUAGUCCUGACCUUGCUCAGAGAGGUCAUGAUGAUGAUGUUUCUAGCACCAGUGAAGAUGACGGCUAUCCGGAGGAUAUGGACCAAGAUAAGCAUGAUGACAGCUCUGAUGACAGUGACACUGACAGAUCGGAUGGAGAAAGUGAGGGGGAUGAAUUUGUGCAUCGGGAUGAUAAUGAGAGAGACAACAGUGAAGAAAAAAAGUCAGGUCUGAGUGUGCGAUUUGCAGAUAUGCCUGGAAAAUCAAGGAAGAAAAAGAAGAACAUGAAGGAGCUGACCCCUCUUCAAGCUAUGAUGCUUCGGAUGGCAGGACCACCACCUCUUGGACCACCGCCUGCUCCACCUUUAAGGCCACCGGGACCACCUACAGGCCUUCCUCCUGGACCACCACCAGGGGCUCCUCCAUUCCUGAGACCACCUGGAAUGCCAGGACUUCGAGGGCCUUUACCCCGACUUUUGCCUCCAGGACCACCCCCUGGGCGCCCUCCUGGCCCCCCGCCAGGCCCUCCUCCAGGUCUGCCUCCUGGCCCCCCUCCUCGAGGUCCUCCACCAAGGCUGCCUCCCCUUGCACCUCCAGGUAUCCCUCCACCUCGUCCUGGCAUGAUGCGCCCGCCUUUGGUGCCUCCACUUGGACCUGCCCCACCUGGGCUUUUCCCACCGGCUCCUUUACCAAACCCUGGGGUUUUGAGUGCCCCACCCAACUUGAUUCAGCGGCCCAAGGCGGAUGAUACAAGUGCAGCCACCAUUGAGAAGAAAGCGACCGCAACCAUCAGUGCCAAGCCACAGAUCACCAAUCCCAAAGCAGAGAUCACUCGAUUUGUGCCCACUGCGCUGAGGGUCCGUCGGGAGAACAAAGGGGCUACUGCCGCUCCCCAAAGGAAGUCGGAAGAUGAUUCUGCUGCACCUCUUGCCAAAGCAGCCCCCAAAUCCGGUCCUUCUGUUCCCGUUUCCGUACAAACUAAGGAUGAUGUCUAUGAAGCUUUCAUGAAAGAGAUGGAAGGGCUACUGUGACGGCUUUAGCUGCCAGAACUGGCAUCUGAAGCUGUCUGAGUUAUUUUUAAUAUUUUCUUGUAAAUAUUUUAUAAUAUUUUGCCUGUAGUGAAAUGGAUCCAAUGUCAUUUCCUAUUACAAAGCAGGAUUGUGGGAAGAAAAUGUACAAAUCUUUGAUUAAAAUUAUUUCCUGCUCAUCUCAA